UAUAAUAACACAUAAAAAUAGUGAAACAAGCUCAGCACAUAUGUGAAGGUGAGUUUUGGCCCAUAUUAUCUUCUGGAUUCACCCCAACUAGUGACAACACACUUUGAAGCUUGAAUAGCACUUUGAUCAAAUCAUCCAUGCACAAAAUGUUGCAGCCAAUUCUAUGAAACUUCAAGCUUUUUACCACCCAUUAUUAGCUCCUUUGCACCUUUUACUCCCUGGACAUCUUAAAUGUUUAGUCAUUUUCAGUAUUUGUAGCCAUCUGCCUGCCACAAUUUGAUGUGUUAGUUUGUUAUUAGUAUUCCCUUUAUAUAUAUUAUCACAUUCUAUUUUAAAUUCUCUUGUAGAGUCAUUAUCUUUCACAUCUUGAACCCUCUUCAUAUUUCCAAUCUAUUCAUAAUCCUUAAAACUGGCCUAAAAAUCCAUUCCUAAUUACUUCUAUGUAUGGCUUCACUUUCAUCAUCCACAAACACCCGCCUACCGCCUUCUUGGCCCUCCGACAAUAACUGUACUACCAUCCGUGAAGCUUCCUUUUCCUCCUACCUUAAUAGCUCCGAGGAAAACUACAUUCGUAGCCUCGUUGAGUCGAGCCAAACCUUAGUACCUCCCAAGCAUGAUCAUCCCCAAAAUCCGAGGGAAAAGAAGGUUGAAGAUGGAGAAAUCGAUGUUUUUAGUGCCGAUAAGUACUUCAACAGUGGAAUAAUAAUAGAAACACGUAAGAAUAACAGCUCGAUAAGGUCAAGAAGUACAAAGUGUCAAAUGAUGGAAAUAAACGAUGAAGAUCUUACUGAUGUACAACAGGUUGGUAUAGUCAGCAGCAGGGUUCACACUAAACCGAGAUCGAUUCAGUCUCGAACUCCUAACAGCAGUCAGUCUGAGUAUAGCUCGAAUAGUCAGAGUGCACUUCUAAAGCGUUUUCAUAGAACACCAUCGAGAAUUAGUACUAACAACGAGAGUAAAAAUCAUAAUUAUAACAACAAACUACAGGGUGCAGGAAUGAUUUCAUUACUUUCGUGCUCAUGUUGUGUAAAGAAAUCUGUCGAUAUUGAUCGAGAUUUUGCAGAUCAUGUAAGCAAAGUCGGGUUCAGUGAAGUUCCCUUAGGAUCGAGGUAUAGUAAAGCGAUACCGAGAUCAAUCAAGACAAGUCUUGACACUGCUGAGAUCACACGACUGAACAAGCUUCGAGUAUUGGACAGCAUGGAUCCAUUUAUCUUCUCGGUUUCAGAUUCUCCAACCCUUAUGGAAGUAGAGGACACGAGGAAAUCACUAGAUGUGUUCAGGUCUAGUGAUUUCGAUGAGGGGAGUAAAAGAUUUAGCCUACAAAAGAGGCUAAAUAUGUUAGCGUGGGAUUCAAUCCCACGAACAGAGGAAUCGAACACUUCUGGUGCUCCUAGCGAGACUUAUAAGGAUACGGAAAGUGAUGCUAGUUCCGACUUAUUUGAGAUCGAGUGCCUAUCAUGCACCGCAAACCCGAUUAUGCAAAGCCCUCGGAUACUCCAUUUGGAUGGGAGUGUCACCCCAACAACCAGGUAUGCUCCUAGCGAGGCUAGCAUCGAGUGGAGUGUUGUCACAGCUAGUGCUGCAGAUUUCUCUUUUGGUUCUGAUUCGGAAGAUCAAACAACUAGUGGGUUACACUCAACUCGACAUAGAAUGGGCUCAAAACCGGGCUCAUAUAUGAAUAAGGAGGUUCAAAAACCGGUCGCUAGUAAAUUGUUAGGGUGUAAGAGCCAGAAAGCUGUGAAUGUUGCCAGAGAAGUUCAUCGAAGAACUCCGCCUAGAGGGAAAUCAGAGACUCACAGAACACACAGGCUUUCGGAUUCAUUCGGUCCUGUUACAAGGUUCCAAGCUGAAGCUAAGAUGGGUGGGUUUGGUCAUAGACAAAGACAAAUUUUAAGCCCUGAUCUUUUGAAUAUCCAAUAGCUGUCUUUUUAUCAUUGCUAGUAUUGUCUAUGUUUAUGUAUUAUUUUGUCCUUAUGAUCAUUAAAUACUUAGGAACCUAAAAAUGUUUUAGUUCUUAUAAUUCCUAAACUAGACAGAAUUUUGUACUUGUUUUUCUGUAUGUAGCUUGUACUUCUUUAUUGUUUUGAAUCAAUUUUUUAUUGUAUCAUUUGUCA